GCUCGUCAGAAAAUCUUCGUGGUUGCUCAAAAAUUGGCUUCAGAAGGCGAGAUGGCCGAUUGGUCUCUUCUGGUAUCUCAAGUUGACAGAUACAAAGAGAAACUUCAAGAGGCUUGGUCGGCUGGCACCGAUGAACUCAGCGUACAAACCCCGUCGAAAUGGACGCUUCUUGGAGGAGUGUACUUCUGUUUCACGAUCUUCACAACAAUAGGUCAGUUCUGCUCUUAUUUAGGAAACUUUAUGCAGUACUCAUCAUGCCAAAAAACAAUGAUUCAUCGAUGGCUCUGUCGUUCAGAGCAAGGAUAUGGGACAAUGGUGCCUACGACGAAUGCAGGCCGAGCCUUGACCUUAGUUUACGGGAUUGUGGCAAUCCCACUGUGCAUUCUCCUAAUCUCCCGUCUUUCAGUAUUGCUGACACGCUUUAUCAAGGCUAUCUCUGCGAUGGCACAAGAGUCUUCCGGUGUCCCAGUUCGACUCAAGGAAGCUUAUUCACGGGCAGACGCCACUUUCAAUUUCACAGUAAGUACUCAAACAGUGACUCAGUGUAAUUGCCGGCGGCACUCUUAG